AUGGGAUCCAUUGAAUUUGCAAGAAAAACUUUCGACGAUAUUCAAAAACAACUCACCGACAUACAACAGCUGCUUCAAAGCCAAAGCCGGAAAUAUCAAUAUGAUGAGAUAUUGCCACGUCGAAGUCACAAAACAACCCAAAGCUGUUUGGUAUUCACAUACGUUGUUGGUAAAAAUAAAAAACUCCCCUCUUCUGAAGCACGCUACCAAGAAGUCGAGAUUACAGAAGAGGAUAAAAUUUAUAAAAUCUUAGAAAAAAUGGAUCGGACAUAUAUAAUACCAUACAAUUUAACUAUUAUGGUCGCACCUGACCAAGAAUUUCAUCCAAAGAAUACAAUUACCACCUCGACUGAUAUGAAUGCGUGGGAUGUGUGUUUUCCACACGAUCCUACGCAACCACGUCGCAGAUUCUUUGGAUUUGAAGUUCAAAACAUGGAACAUAACUAUGCUACUCUAAUAGAGUUUUGUACAGCAUGUAACCGCUGGGGCGCACAUUUCGGAUCAAGUUGUCGUGGUGGUAAGUAA